CCUCCGUUCCUUGUCGCACGAUCCAACCGCUAGCUCGAGCAGCAGUUGUGUCUGUUCCAGAGAGAGACAAGAUGGAGGGCAGCGUAGUCGGCAGCAGCAGCAGCAGGCAGGAACGCGGGAGCCGCUACAGCCAAAGCCACAACAACAGUGAGCAGGGAUGCAAAGAGGCGAUGGACCGCACCGACAGCCGUGCGCACGAAGAAAAGGACAACGUCGUCGUCGUCGAGGAGGACUGGUCCCACCACCUGGCCGGCAGCAAACGGGACGACGACGGAACCGCCUGUGGCGGCACCCCUCCAGACCGCAAUCGAUUCGCGUACUACGACACGGUGGUCUUUCCCCUGUCCGAAGGGAGCGGCAGCGGCAAGCCCCUCUCCAUGGAGCUCCGCUGCGUGGACGGCCUCACCCCCCUGGACAUGCUGGACCUCUCCUCCGGCGUGCACGACGCCACCGGGAACCGGGUCUGGAUGGGGGCCGUGCUGUUCCUGGAGUCCAUGGUCCGGCCCCUGCCACUCUGCGGCGGGGACGCAACGCCCACGCAGCGCAAACGCGCGGCCGCCCUGGCGGACCUGCGGGCCGAGCUCUUCCGGGGCAGGGACGUCCUGGAGCUCGGCUGCGGCACCGGGGCCUCGCUCAUCGCCCUGGGGCUGGCGGCAGCGGCGGAAGCAGAAUCCAAAGAAGGAUGCGCCUGCCCGGUACCCAGGUCCCUGACGCUCACGGACAACGAUCCGGUGGUCCUGGAGCUGUGCCGGGCCAACUGCGAGGCGAACCUUGGGGGGCGAAAGGGAGGGAACCUGCCGACCAUUGCGGUGGAACCACUGGACUGGGGGGAGUUCUGUGCCGGCGGUGGCAAUGGCCACACCACAGGCGCGGAAGCCGGUCGUUUCGCGGAACCUGCCCCCCCAAAGCAAAGCGGGCCGAGCUGCCUUUCCGAAUCGAGGGACACGGUGGUGGCCACCGACGUCGUCUACGACGUCGGAGCCGUCCCCCUCCUCUUUGCGGCGGCGGGACGCCUCCUCCGCGGGGGCGGCCGCUUCGUACUGGCCCACGUCCCGCGGGCCUCCGUCGACGAGGACGCGACCGACCCGUCCCGCAUCACGGAGGCCCUCGAGGAACUCAUCGCCGGAACGGCGGCAGACCACGGCUUUGUGGGUGAAGCGAACGACCAAGACGGCGGCGAAGGCGACGCCGCCCUGGCGCUGGUGGAAGCCGCGUGCCGAGAGGAGGAGGAGGAAGCCGGUGAUCGAGACGACGGACGGCAGCGACAAGGCUCCCCCCGCCGCCCCCGAAACAUCCUCCGCCCGGGCCUUCUCGCGGAGCUGUGGAAGCCGGCGGCCGUGGGAAGCGGCGACACAAGCGCAGAGACAGAAGCAAAAGCAAAGGCCACCCCCCUGGUGUCGGGAGACUACACCUACGACGAGCUCGAGUCCUGCGGGGCCUCCAUCAUGGUCUUUGCCAAAGAGCGAACGGAGGCGGUGGCCGGGUGAGCGGGAAUCUUGAUAUCGAAUGCGAGCUCGAGUGCGGAACGAAACAAAUGGAAUCCGAUGCAACGUAGUGGAAUCGAAACGGAGCGGAAGCAGCCCAACCAUGCUGCGCUGCGUUGUACAGCACGAAGUGCUGUCAACGGAAACACAAUUCUACGGCAAGCCGGUUUCUUUUCUGCAGGAUCGGUAUCGGUGCAAACCCCACUUUGGCGUUCUGCGAUGCAAGCGACGGUGAAAAAGGCGAAGGGAAUCACCGGUUUCCGUAACCAUCGAUGGAAUCCGCUCGAGGCUGGAAUCGAUCCGAUCCAAAAGUCGAUGCCUGCAUUCCCUCGGCAGGAAUUUCCAACACCGGCAAUAAUGCAACUCGUUCCACCGCAAACAGGCAAAUCCUCACUGCGACUAGAACGAGACAGGAACAAACCAAAAGACAAAGUCUAAAGUCUAGGUUGCUCUCAAGAAUAUUUUUUGAGCACCUCGAAAUCCAACGGCGGGUACACAAUCCCUUGAUGGAUCUCGCCAAGAAGAAAUAGCCCGAACCCAGUGCUGCGAACGAAAAAGACAAGCCUAUCGAUUUAGUUCAUCGUUCUUCACCCAAACAAUAUUUGGGUGAGAAUUCCAUGCCAUCAAUAACAAUACUUUUAUAAA